AUGAUCAUUACCACAUGGAUUGCCUACAUUCUCACCCGGAAAACUGUAGGGUGGCCCUUCCCACCAAAAACCAGUUCGGACAUUGAAGUUGUGGAAACUGAGGCUGUGUCUGUAGUAGAGCACUGGUUGAAAAAAACUGAAGAAGAGGCUUCCCAGGAUAUAAAGGAGAAGAUGGCCAUGAACUCCCCUCCCAUCCAAGGCGAAGGUGUCCAUGUGACCAGAGACGUGGUGAAGCACCGUCUCUCCAAGAACGAUUUGUUAACCAGCCCAAGUCAAGAUGUCCUGGAGGAAAGGACAAGAAUUCAGUUCAUAAGAUGGAGCCAUACCCGGAUCUUCCAAGUGCCCAGCGAGGUGAGCCAGGAAGUUGUGCGGCAACGAAUAGAGCAGGUGAGACGAAGCUUAUGCCAGCUUUCGGAUGAAUCAUCUCAGGAUUUUGACAGAUGUUCCUACUCAGAGUGCUGA